CCUUUAAGAUGAGUCGGUUCAAUCUAGGCGUGUUUCCUCUUGCUCCCAUUCACAAUCCAGCUUUCCGUCUGGCGCAGAAAAUUCCGCGAGUACAGACCCAUCUGUAAUUUAUUAUUUUUGCAAAACCGAAAGAUUUUCUUUUAGUAUUUCUGGAAGAAGAAGAAGAAGAAGAAAAAAAGCUGUGGGUUGUGUAUGUAAAUGUAUCUGUAUGGGACGCGUCUGUUUACUGCGCUAUGAGUCUAAAUGACAUGACAUGAAUGUCAGUCGGUCAAGGUCCAGUUUCCAGCUGUGCCUGACUGCAGGAUCCGUGUUUACUAUUAAGCUAUUACACCUUUCUUUUUUAACCUGAACGAGAUCCUUAUAUAAAUAUAUAUAUAUUUUUUAUGUAUGAUUUUUGCUUCCUGCACGGUUAUGCGCUUGGACACUGGCAUGGGAAAGCUGCGUCUCUGGGAAAGGACUGGGUUCGAAUCGCAUGAAACCACAACACUGUCCGGUGAAGAUUCCUAGAUAAGCAGAGACACUCCGACUCAUGGCUUACAGCCUGAAUGAGGAUCUGAUCUGAUCUCCUAAAGCUUUCUGAACAUGUGAAUCCACGGACAUUUUGGAUUUGUGCGAAAAGCUUCCACAUUUACGCCUUCCUUCUGACACUCUUUAAUCAGUCCGCCUUGUUAUAGUCUGUAUCUGCUUUGUUCCCUUUAUUUCACUAGUAACCCGCAGUGAUUAGUAAGAAACACAAGUGGCCCCCAGGAUCUCAAAAUCAUUAAUCUGAAAUAGAAAGUGUCAGCAUGUCGGCGGUCAUGAUUCCGAAAAAGGUCAUGCGGAAAUGGGAAAAGCUGCCAGGAAAGAACACUUUCUGCUGCGAUGGCCGAGUGAUGAUGGCAAGACAGAAGGGAGUGUUUUACCUCACACUCUUUCUCAUCAUCGGGACCUGCUCUCUCUUCUUCGCUUUCGAGUGCCCAUACCUGGCUGUCCACCUUUCUGCAGCCAUCCCAGUCUUUGCUGUGAUUCUCUUCCUCUUUGUCAUGGCUAUGCUGCUAAGGACGAGCUUCAGUGACCCAGGCGUGCUUCCCCGUGCCCUGCCUGAGGAAGCCAACUUCAUUGAGAUGGAGAUUGAAGCAGCCAAUGGCAGCGUACCAGCCGGACAGCGCCCUCCUCCCCGCAUCAGGAACGUACAAAUCAACAACCAGAUUGUCAAGCUGAAGUACUGCUACACCUGCAAGAUCUUCCGCCCUCCUCGUGCUUCCCACUGUAGUAUCUGUGACAACUGUGUGGAUCGCUUUGACCAUCACUGCCCAUGGGUUGGAAACUGUGUGGGGAAGAGGAAUUACCGCUACUUCUACCUGUUUACACUCUCUCUCUCCCUCCUUACCAUCUACAUCUUCACCUUUGACAUCGUCCAUGUUGUACUACGAUCAGUGGACUCCGGAUUCGUGAACACUAUUAAGGAAACCCCUGGGACUGUGGUGGAGGUGCUUGUGUGCUUCUUCACACUGUGGUCUGUAGUGGGACUGACUGGCUUCCAUACGUACCUGAUUUCCCUCAACCAAACCACGAAUGAAGAUAUAAAAGGCUCAUGGUCAGGGAAGAACCGUAUCCAGAACCCAUACAGUCACAAGAACAUUAUCAAGAACUGCUGUGAGGUGCUCUGUGGCCCCACUUACCCUAGUGUUUUGGACAGAAGAGGAGUGAUGCCUGAAGAAGCCACUGUCUCCACUUCUUCUGGUGCUUCCGAUGCAACUGCCACUAUAAACACUCCUGUUCCAUCUAACACAAAAACCACAGCUCCUCUGAUUCCCAAUGAACACACUCCUGAUGAGGCCAAGCCCAGCAUUGCCACUGCCCAGAAAACCACCGCCAGCAUCCCGAAAGAGGAGAAACCAUCCAGCCCAAGAGACUUCUCCCCUAAGGUUGGCCCUGCCCCCAUCGUUGUCAAAGAAUCGGCCCACUAGAUCUCUGCUGCAAACCUCUGAAUGGUGUUUCAUUAAGGAAGAUGCAUAUUGGAACAAUCCAAAGGGCCACAAGCUCUGAGAGAGACUCUGAUUGUCAGAGCAGCAUCUGUUCCUCACCGUCCAUGUUCAGGUGAAGGUCAUAUCAACUUUGGCUGUCUCACUGUUGAAGGCCUCUGUUGGUAUCACAGCACUCUCACUCUUUUUCUCUAAAACGCUGCAUGGCAAAAACACACAAAAUGGACCCUUUUGCUGAUCAUCUACUUGCAAUGCUUUCCUUCAAGCAGCAUUUCUUGAUGGCCAUUUUUCAUUAAUUAGCGUUCCAUCAGAUCUGACGUAUAAUAACAUCUGUAGAAUUUUGUGCAGCGGUUGAUGAAAAAGGUCCUAUGCAACACAAACAUAUGGAGGAUUGUUUUAAACGAGAGAGACAUAAACCAGCCACCUAUGUUCAAACUACACAUGCAAACAGGUGAAUUUCUGUCCCAGCAGCAGAGUGGGACCAAAUGGAUGCCAUUUGCAAAUACCCAUGAUAAUCAUUUGCAUUAUUCGAACUAGGUCAGUGACAUAAACCUGUCUUUGUUUUCUUAAAUAUCAUUCACCAAAGUGUGGCGCUUUACAGAGAACUCGAACAGUGUCAACACGAACAGUGUACAGUACAAAAUGUUUCAGAUCAAUCUGUGAUGGACACCCUAACACACUUUCUAUAUGUAAGGCGUGUGUGAAAGUAUCCGUACAUACAUGUUGGCCUGUUGUUGACAGACACUAGUAACAGUGCCUUAUCUGAAAGCUGCACUAUCUCAGACAACAUAAGGCCAUUUGCAGAGAAACCCUUCAAUUUCCAUUUCAUUAUACGGCCCAAAUUGUGUACACUGAGUAUUAAAGUAAUGGCUUUUAAAAUAGAACACGAAUGAAAUGUUGACCUGCAAAAAUAUGAACUUCAACAAAUCAAGCCAUGGUGUAACUGUACAUAGUUUAAAAAAUGUCAAGAGGUUAUGGAUACACAAAGUAAAAAGAACGUCCAUGAAUGUACAUGGAAGUGGAAAAAAAAAUGCCUCAUCAUUCUCCUUGUGAUUGUUCGCCAUCUUACCACAAUCAAUGAAAUGAAUGAGAUCAGCCUAGAAUUGCCUCCAUCGUCACCGUUGUCAUUGUCGUCAUCGCCACCACCGUCAUCCUCUUCUCUUCCUUCACUUGCAGCCAUGACUUGGCAACUUUUUUUGAGCAGUAUAUUUGCUUACAAAAACCUCAGAGUAGAUGGAAUUUAUUUCUCAUAAUCUUUCUACAUCUGUUAAUUUCAUGCUGAGAAGCAGUACCCAGACUUGGUGUGUUUACAACACUGGGAACACUUAGGGAAGUGAGAUAAAGGGAUAUAAUAUGCAAGAUUCUUUUGGUGGUCAACAUAUUUAACCCAUGCUGUUCUGUGAUCUGUGCAAGUGUCUUUUCCUUUGACACAUUUUAUUUGUGUGUAGGGUAGAGUAGGCACCUUUAGUGUACGCUUAAGCUAAUGUCUAGUGGAAGAAUGUUGUCGGUGUACAAUGAUGAACGAAUUCAAGUACCAUUUACUACAUUCACAGUAUCUUCAACUCUGUGCAAUAUAUUUUGCUAGUUAGAGCAUUUUUUGUCUUGAUUGUGGGAUUGGGAUGGGAUGGGGGGGAGGGAGGGUUUAAUGUGUAAUUCCACUUGGAGCUCACCACUACACAAAGGCUACUUGGUGUCAAAUGAAUAAAAAGAAGAGAGAGAGAGUGCAGUAUUUGUCUCUGGUGGUAGGGCUUGAAGCUCAACUGUAAAUGGAUGACCACAGCUUGAGCUCCAUUUAGAGAUGCCAAGUCAAUCACAGAAAUGUUUUAAGAAUUUCUUUUUUAAAUGCAUACAUUUGAAUGUUAAUGCCUGAUUUUAAGAACACUAACUGUUUUCAUAUGCCUUUUGAUUUUUCUCUUUAAUUUAUACGGAACAUUUGUGUAGGACCUUGUACUUCUAUGCUCCAGUUAGCAAUUGAUGCAGCAGGAUUUCGUGAUACUUUAGUGGAGGCCUUUGACUCUUACCAAUAAUGCUACACCUACUGAAUUGUGUAAUACAAAUAUUUAACUAUUUCUCUCUGUUAGCAAACGUCCUGCUAAUGGAGACAGUUGCACCAUUUUCUGAUUAGGCUUUAAGAUUGUUCAGUUCAGUUCGACUUAAUGAUUUGCUGUACAGAGUAGUAAGAUCAGUUGCUUCUUACCGAAUCGGCAUGUUCUGGUGAGUGUGUUGUUGUGAACAGUUGUAUGAAGGAUUAGUUCGUUAAAUGAUUGCACAACACUUCUGUCUGUGGAAGGUCUGCUUGUUUAAUGAUUAGACCCAUUGUGCUCAUUUUGUGGGACAGCUGAAGUGAUCAACCACAUGAAAUAUGUCAAUCUACAAUCAGUCUUAAUGCCAAGUCCUUGUAGGAGUUAAUAUGUACCGAAUAUUAGCAAAAAUUAAGGUCUGCUCAAAAUAUAUGUUUACAGUGUAUUAUAUAUACACUAUAAUGUAUUGCAAGGUAAUUAUCUUUCUGUUCAUUUUUCGUUGUAUUAACACUGUGAUUAUCUCAUACUUUUCACUUCUUUUUACAUGCUGGAUUGGUGUCUGUAUGAAUGUUCAUUAAAUUAUACUAUAUCUUA